UCUAUAGCAACAUCUAACGAAAGACUUGCGUGAGUACAAACAUGCAGAGAAUGUCGGCAAUGAACAGGAAAUUAAUCCAAAACCUCGCCGAAACUUUAUGCAAGCAGGUCAAACAUUUUAAUAAAACAGAGACGGAGUGUCUAAUAAGGCUGUUCAACGGUCUGCUGGGAGAGCAGGCAGAGAGAAGAGCGGCUCAUGGACUGGACCGGGUCAGGUUUAGAAAUAUACUGCACAACACAUUCGGCAUGACCGACGAUAUGAUGAUGGACAGCGUUUUUCGUUCCUUUGACAAGGACAAUGACACCUACAUAAGCGUCAAAGAAUGGGUGGAAGGUUUGUCUGUCUUUUUGCGAGGCACACUGGAUGAAAAAAUUAAAUUCUGUUUUGAUGUAUACAACCUGCAUGGUGACGGAUACAUCUCACGGGAGGAGAUGUUACAAAUGCUGAAAGACAGCCUCAUCAGACAACCCACUGAAGAGGAUCCCGAUGAGGGCAUUAAGGACAUUGUGGAGAUAGCCUUGAAGAAAAUGGAUUAUGACCAUGACGGGAAAGUUUCUUAUUCUGAUUUUGAGAAGACAGUCAAAGAUGAAAACCUUUUACUAGAAGCUUUUGGCAACUGCCUCCCAGAUGCAAAGAGCACACUGGCAUUUGAGCAACAUGCAUUCCAGGAGCUACAUGGACAUUGAAAAGAAUCACUUAAUUUUUUU